AUGCAAAUCAAGGAGCUCCCGUUCGAAAUCCUCUCCAAGAUCCUCGAAGAGGUUGCCGAAGCUAAUGUUCGUGAUGGCCCUACCUACACCUUUGGAUUGUCUCAGGCCCCUCUGCCGCUCCAGAAGCCGACUCUCCAGCGCUAUGUGAGAGGCCCCGUCCCUCCAGAGAUGCUCAAGUGGGAUGCCAUUACUGCCAUUCGAACCGUCUGCUGGCAAUGGCACGAGUGGGCCCUGGAAUACGCCCUCAAGAAUGUGUACAUCCGCCGCUGGAAGGGAGGAGAGCGAUGGGCAGAGCUGUCCAACCGACGAUCAAGCUAUCCCUUGUAUGAGCUCAUUGACCGUCCCAUCGGCACGGCUGUUUACCGCGACCCCUUUGCCUCCCUGAGGCAGACGGUGAGGAACUUCAACGAUUUCCCGGAGUUGGCCUCCAAGAUCAAGCGCAUGUGGUUCCAUGGUUUCUACACUGCUGAGACGAACCGCAUGAUCUUCGAAUCUCUCAAAAACUGCACCAAUCUCACGUCCCUGUCCGUCCCAUGGACUACUGUUAGGCACCUUGACGCACUCUCGUGGCGGACCCUCUUGACUGGAUGCGGCAAGCCAAUUGAGUCAUUGGAGCUCCAAUGCAUCGAUCCGACUUCACAGCAGGCCGCAGAGAAGGAGAACCAGAUCGACCUUCGGGCGCUGCAGUCCGUCAAUUUCGGCCAAUUGAGGCGGCUGAAGAUCUUUGGUGAUACCACCUUCAUGCCGAUCACCGAUGACGAUCUCUUUGCGAUUGCUCGGACUGCUACUCAGCUUGAGGAGUUCCACGUGACUUGUAUCUCUACCAUCACUAUUGAUGGGGUUAUGGCUGUUGUCAAGGCAUCUCGUAAGACACUUCGGGUACUCGAGCACAGCCCAAGGUCGCAGGAUGGCUUUUGGCACCCUCACCCUGGAUCGCCAAGCGAUAGUGAGCACCUUUGCGAGACCUUCCGCAACUGCCCCAAGCUUGAGACUCUGUCCAUAUCUCUUCCAUCUGUGUGCGCCGAUCUCUUCUCUCAUGAAGAGGCUAGGUUCAGGGGCGACAUGCAGGUGCGCGCGCUUCACCUGUGUGGCCACGAGCACGGGCGCUCGACUCAGGAGGCCACAGAUGCAUUACAGAAGUUGCUGCAACAGGCUCGUGCCUUGGUCCAGCGACGUGCUAAGAGCGCCAUCCCUCGGGAGCUGUAUGUGGAGCUUUUCUUUGCAGAUUGUAUCUUUGAGCCCGGAUUUGGCUCCGUCCACGGCGACUUUGCUCUGGCGCAAGCCGUCACCGACGGACUCUGGCCGGCGAAUGUCGAAUUCAGCGGCAAGGGCCCAUACGGAAGCACCGGCCUCUACGAGAAAGAGGCGGAGGGCCCAUUCCAGCGCAUCGAAGAAGACGAGUUCCUUGCUGGCGUCCGCAGGAGGCUACAUUCCAUUUCAACUUGA